GUUGCAGUCGAAGCGAGGUAAACAAAAUGCACCAGAACCAGUUGGAUUUUCCGGCUUUUCCGCUUUCCCUGCUGGACGACAGCGAUCUGGAGCCGCAGAGAUGCUAUGUUCCCGCGGUGGGGGAUCCUCCAGGGACGGGAUGGUGUCGCUGUCACCUUUCCGAUGGCAGUUACGCAGUUUGUUGGGUUACUCCGCGUGCCGGCAGUGAAACUUGUUGCUUCCUGGAUGGCAUGGUAACCUCUUCGUCCCAAUUCUCACCCACCAAUCAGCGUUUGGUGCUUCUGGAGCCACUGAAGCUGGUUUCCUGCCUGGCAAGGAUUCCCUGCGUUGUCACAGUUACCCAGGAGCUGCUCCAACGCCCUCAGGUCUCUCUGGAGGAUCUGGAAGACGAUGUGCGAGUCUUCCUGCGCCACCUGAAGCUGACCAAAGGAUGCUCCGUGCAGCACAGACGUCUAGCCCAAUUGGGCAUCGCCAGUGUGGAAAUAAUCGAAGCUCCAGGGGUUGCUGGUGACGAAUGUUUUGAAAUAUCCCGAGAUGCUGAACUGCUCCUGGUGGACACCCGAUUGGGAAUGCCCUAUCCUUUGAUUUCCAAAUUAAAGUACCUGCCAUACAGCUUCGAACAGCCCAUGGAGGACUUGGAGCAACUUCUGGAAGCCUCUAGGAGUGGUUUCUCGUACAGAUUCCCUACUACCGCGUUGGUUGUGGGACCUGUGGGUUGUGGAAAGAGUCGCCUCCUCGGAGAGUUCCUGCAUCGUCACAACUGCAACUGCUUCUACAUCACAGCCAGCCAAGUGCUGCGAUCUUAUCCGGGAGAAACAGAAGAGGAGCUGAGGAGAAUCUUCAAGGCUGCUGAAACUUUUAGGGAGCAACUGCAACCUCUAUUGACCAUUGUGAUACUCAUAGAGGAUCUGGAGCUGCUUUGCCCCUCAUCGAGUGUUACAGAUGCCAAGAACUCCAGCAGUUCCCUCCGCAUUUCAGCGCAACUCUACAAACUGAUUGAUGCACUGCCUCAGGGCAUUGUUUGUGUGGCCACUUCGGGAGCUCCAGACUCUCUACAUGAACACGCGCGCAGGCGUUUUGUACGCGAGGUGUCCAUCGAGAUGCCUACCGAAGAGCAGCGCAAACGGCUCGUAGAGGAUCUCUGCCAAGCACAUGAUCUGGAACUCACGGAGUCUUCACUCGAUCACAUAGCCAGGAAUACACAAGGUUUUGUAAUGGCGGAUUUAACACUCCUCACGCGCCGCGUGCAACAGGAACUGAUGACCAAAAAUGGAUCCAAUGUGGAUCAAAUCUUCCGUCAGUCGCUGCUCCGAACUCAACCGAGUGCCUCGCGGUCCACGGAUGUGCUGGUGUCAAAAAUGACGGCUGGUUUCGAGGUUAUCGGAGGAAUGGAAUCACUGAAACGCACCUUGCAAGUCUCCGUCCUAGCGGGUUUAAGGCAGAGUGCUGCCUUUGCCCGAUUUGGAUUGAGUCUGCCCAAGGGAGUGCUGCUCUAUGGACCUCCCGGAUGUGCCAAGACCACCAUUGCCAAGUGCCUGGCCAAAGAGGCUGACAUGACCUUUAUUGCUACUUCGGCGGCGGAGGUUUACUCGCCCUACGUGGGAUGCGGAGAAAGAUUUAUUUCGAGGAUAUUUGACACAGCGCGAAAGAAUGCACCUUGCCUGAUUUUCCUGGAUGAGAUUGAUUCCCUGGUUGGCAGAAGGACAGUCUCAAGUGGCGGCGGUGGUGGUCAAGUUCAGCUGAGGAUUCUCUCCACACUGCUCACCGAAAUGGAUGGCAUUGUGGGUGGUGGCAGUCAGCAGCACAUACUCGUGGUGGCGGCCACCAAUCGUCCGGAUAUGAUUGAUGAUGCCCUGCUGCGACCUGGGCGCUUCGACAAGCUUAUCCAUGUACCAGCUCCGGAUGUGGACUCCCGCCUGGCGCUGCUGAAACUCCACGCCCAACGAAUGCCUUUCCAUGAGAAUGUGGUGCUUGAGGAGAUUGCCUCCCGUACUGAUCGAUAUUCCGGAGCUGACCUGUGUAAUCUCUGCAACGAGGCGGCAAUUGAGGCUUUCCAGCGUGACUUUGAGGCCACUGAAAUUGAGCUUCAGGACUUUGAGAAGGUCCUGACCAAGCAGAAAUCCUCGCUCACCCAAAGUCAAAUAGAUGGCUACUAUAAGUUUGCUUAUAGGUUUUUGUAAAACGAUUUUUUGCA